CAGAACAAAGAUGGCCACACAUAGUAGAUAAAUAGAAGCCAUGAGGUUGUGACAGCUUAUAUACUACUGUUUUUAGUGCCUGGGGCACAGGGGUUAAGCAACCUACAGAAGAAACCUGAUAAGGGAGGAGGCUCUUGAAACCGGAAGGAAGAAUGAUGCAGGUCAGACACUUGGAGAUGGCUUACAGAUUAAAAACCACUAAUGCUACAGAUGGGUGCUGAUGACCAGAGAAAGAUGCAGGUUCCAGUGUUUCAGGCUCCGCCAGCUGCUGUUCCCAUGCAGGUUCCAGUAGCUGUGCCUAUGCAGGAUCCAGUAGCUGUGCCUACGCAGGUACCAGUGAAGUCUCCCGCUGUUCCUGUGGUUACUCAGCCAAUAUGCCAGCCACAAGUUGUGGUGAAUGUACAGGGGAGUACUAACACAAUGGGGAUGCCAAUGUCAUUUGGUCCCAUUACGUGGCGCACCGGACUCUUUCAGUGUUUUGAGGACAUCCCAAUUUGUUUGCUGGGCUGCUUCUGCCCCAUAUUUUUACCCUGCUACUUGUCUUCACUGUUUGGUGAAGUGUGCUUCUUUGGCAUGUUACCCGGUGCUAUGUUUGCGCUACGUACGGGUGUGCGAGAACGUUACAGGAUCCCGGGUGACCUUCUGAAUGAUUACUGUGCUGUUUGCUGCUGUUCGGCAUGUUCCCUCUGUCAGCUAGCACGGGAACUAAAAGGACGUGAUCGGCAGCGCCACGUAACUACACAACAACUGCCACAUCAACUCUUCAACUUCUGACGCCAACUCGAAGGCUGGUGACACCACUAUUGAUAUUUAUAAUUUAAUACUAUUA